AUGGUGCAAUCCGAGCUGUCGGCGACGGCGGCGAUGGCGGGUGAUGGUCGUCGCAGGUCGUUAAAAUCCGAUCCAUCACGCCCGAAGAUGUAUCGAUGUCGCAAGCGGCUCGACUUACAGCAGCAACAUCACAAAUGCAAAAGCUACCGAAGAACGUUCGCGGAGGUCGCCGAGUCGAGCCGAGAGUGCCGGCUUCCGCCUCCGCCGUCGCCGUCCCCGUCGCCGGCUGAUGACCGACUCCCGGUGGAGGCGCACGUAUGCCGGCCCCACCGGACAGCACCGGAAGCGUCUUCCAGCGGCCACCCUCGGGAGCUAAUUACGCCGCAUUGCACCGGUGGUGGGCCGGUGGGUUCCUCGGGGGGCGUGCCCCAGUGCCACCCAGUGCGGCAGUGGCGGCGGCCCCGGCGGCAUCUCUUCUGGACCAUCGUGCUCUUCCUGUGCGCUGGACUGUGGACAAAAACCGGAUGCGACGACACCGAGCAGUUCCAGAAAAACAGGAAGUUCACACCAACCACCGCCACGGUCGACACCAUUCCAGCGCGCAUCGUGUGGGCCGCGAUCGAUCACGACGCCGAGCUACCGUGCGACAUUACGGCUCCGUCGGCGCAGGACGGCGUGAAGCUGGUGCUGUGGUUUAAGGAUUCCACCGGCAUCCCGCUGUACAGCUUGGACUCCCGCAGCGGCGUGCCGAUCUCGGCCGCCCAGCACUCGACGAUUGCCAACGAUCUGGGUCAGCGGCUGUUCUUUUCCGUCGGCGCGACGCCAAAGGAGGCGCGCCUGCAGAUUCGCAACAUCAAAACGUCGGACGGUGGCGUGUACCGGUGUCGGGUGGACUACUUCAACUCGCCCACGCGAAACUACCGAGUCAAUUUGACGCUGGCUGUUCCACCGGACGAGCCGAGGAUAUUUGACGCCCAGGGGAAGGAAAUUUCAACCGUUGCCGGCCCGUUCCGUGAAGGCCACGAGCUGUUCCUGUCGUGCCAAGUAUCCGGUGGACGACCUCCGCCGCGAGUGACCUGGUGGCGCGAUGGGGUCGAAAUCUCCAGCACCAGCCACCCAUCGGCGGUCGAGGGCGCGGCGGCCAUGGUGAACCAGCUGUUCAUCAGCACCGUCACGCGGGACUUCUUCGGCUCGAAGCUGCAGUGCCGGGCGGCCGGCUCGAAGCUGGUGGCGGCCGUGUCGAAGGAAGUGUCCAUCCAAGUGCACCUGAAACCGUUGCGGGUGAAAAUUGUGUCGCCGAACGAGCUGCUGACCGCGGGCCGUCCGGUUCCGAUCCGCUGCGAGGCCUGGGGAUCGUUCCCGGCGGCCAAAAUCGUGUGGCUGCUAGACGGCGAACCCUUGCGCAGUGCCGACAUCACGGUCCACACCGACAGCAACGACGCCAAUCUGACCUCCAGCAUCCUGACGUUGCGCGUGGCGGCCGAAAACGAUGGGGCCGAGCUGAGCUGCCGGGCCUCGAACCCGUGGUUUUCCGGCAGCGCCAUCGAGGACAAGCGCGUCAUAAGUGUUGCGUACGAACCCGUCGUGUCGGUGCAUCUGGCGAACGAGGAUCCGAGCCGCGUGAUAACGCGGGCCGAGGGCGAAAACGUCACGCUCAAGUGCCGAGCCGACGCCCGACCGCCAGUGUCAUCGUUUUCCUGGUACAAAAACAACAUGCGGAUGUCCGGCGAAAAUGGAGAAACCUUGUACUUGACGCAGCUGGAGCGGGAAAGCGCCGGAUCGUAUGCAUGUGCCGCGUCGAACACCGAGGGCGAAACGCGCAGCUCAUCGUUAACGCUCAAGAUACAGUAUGCGCCACGCUGCAAACCGGGAACGGAGCAAACGUCGGUCGGUUCGCUCAACAUGCACUCGCUGCACGUCAAGUGUGAGGUCGAGGCCGACCCACCGGACGGGGUGCGGUUCAGCUGGACGUACAACAACACCCGGAACGUGUCGCCGGUCCUGAACUCGCGCAUCAGCUCGCACGGCCUCGUCAGCACCAUGACCUACCUCCCGCAGUCGGACUCGGAACUGGUGACGCUCGCCUGCUGGGCAAUCAACAACGUCGGCCGUCAGACUGUUCCCUGCCUGAUACACAUUUUACCCGCAAAGAUCCCAGAUACUCCCCGGAACUGCGAGCUGCACAACGACACGGUGCUGGAGGUGGUGUGCCAGGCCGGCGGCGACGGUGGUCUAAUGCAGUCCUUCCUGCUCGAGGUCGUCGGCGGUCCGGUUCCGUCGGUUUACAAUGUGGACUUCACCCGGGGGCCCCCAACCGAGAUCGAUAAUGAAAUUUCCACCAUGAACGACCAGGCCACAUUAGCGCCAUUAUUUCGCAUCCAGGAGCAGAUACCGCAGUUUAAAUUGCACAGCUUAGAACCGGGACGUGACUAUCAGCUGCUGGUGUACGCCGUCAACGCAAAGGGCAAAAGUGAUCCUCCGUUCGUUAUCGAUAAAGUGCGCGUCGGGUCGGCCCUCGUGCCACCGUAUGUGGACGAAACUAUCAUCUCGGAAGACCCAACGCCAGCGGAAACGUCCCACCAGAACAAGCAAAAGCAGCAGUCGCAGAUGGUGAUGUUCGCCGCUGUGGCAGCCGCCGUAGGAGUCAUCAUAACCUCAAUUAUCGUGGCCGGUUUCGUGGCGAUAUGCAGGCUCAAACGACCGAAACCACCCGAGCCCCAGGAAGUCCGGAAGCGCAUGCGACCUGCCAGAACCGAUGUGCCAUCAAUGUACGCCGAGGACGAUGUGUUCGAUGAUGAGUAUCAGCGGCAGCUGGAUGUGCGCUGCAGUCGUGCCUCGUCGACCAUUAGGAGUAGUCGUUACGUAUCGGAAGGAUUUGUACAGUAUUCGCAACCUAGUCUUAAUGAUCCUGAUCUGAUAUUGCCGCGCGGAGGAGAUAUCGAGUUCACGACACUGGCCGGAGCUUAACAGAAACCGACGUGCGGUGAGCAGUGAAAAGUGCGGCAGGAAGGCGGGAAAGCGUUCCAAGAGUGGCUUUGGCCAUCCCCCUGCACCGGUUCAGAUAAAUAUAAAGCUGAGUAAUGGAAUUAUUUCAUAGCACCCGUAGGAGCAUCAGUGGAGCAUACUUUUUAAGGGCCGCUACAAACUCUGGCAAAACUGUAGACUAGAAGGCGAACCUAGCCGCGAACGGUGACAUAGUCAAAAGGGUUGAAAUGAAGAAAAUGAACAAAAAAAGAAACAAAUCAAAAGUAGUUAAAGCAAGCAAAUGAUCAAUGAGUUACAAUUAAUGGCGGCCGGGGCCGAGAGACGAGAAGUUUGUGUCGCCCGGCCAAAUAUUUUAAAGUUAGCGUGAACGGUGCGAUUGAAUUGCGACGACAGUGACCCCGGAUCACGAUUCCAAUAAAUUUGUGUCGCAUGCAAAGAGUUUAUUAGUAGCGAGUAAGUGAACCUGUUUUACCUUCUGUUUCGCGAUCGAACCUAACAUGACCUGGAAUUAACAAUCAUCGUUCCGGGACGGUGUUCGUCAGUUAUUGCGAUUAAGUUUCUGUAAAAUAUAUAUAAACGAAGUAGCGUGACGUGGUCAACCAAACUAACUGGAAAAAUUAGUAACAAUUGACCGAAGCCCGAACGAUUGUUGGAUACCAGACGAUACGCUCCACUCUGGAGCAUACGAUUCGUAGGUGUGGUGUGCAAUGAAAACUCCGUCGAAACGAAGAAAAGGACUAACCAGACCAGACUAGACGAACGCAGACGUGCGGAGAAAUGAAAACGGACGGCGGACUGUGUUGUGGCAAGGGCACGACACUUCACGCACGUGUUUUUUUUAGGAAAAUGCUGGAAAGCCAAAUGCAGUUAAACAUUUUUAAGCCACUGCCACGUGGCAGCAU